AUGAUAGGUAGUAUUUAUUAGAGUUUUAAUAGACAAAAAUUAAAAAUGUGAACAGCCCAUUACUGGUGCGGGUACCGCCUCCUCAGUUCAGUAUGAACAGCCCUCCCUCCGAUCGACAGAUACGAGUUCAUGAAAGAGGAGCUGAACGUCCCUCCCUCCGAUCGACAAACGCAAUAGGAAAUCCGGCGGAUUUUGUUAGCGGCGUCGGGCUUGGUGAAAGAGCUGAGCUGAGCUGUUGGUGAAGGAAGCCAGGCCAGAGAAAUGGAGAAAGUAAGCAUUCACUAAUUAGAAUCAGUUCCCACACCGACGACGGAAGGCUGGGCGACUCCUGACUGGGUCUAUAAAUAAUAAGGUAUGUUUUAGGACACAUGCUCUUUUGGAUCAGCACCUAGAAGGGUGGAAUGAAAGCUUAAAGGAGCUUGCAUUCAAGUAAGUUCUGAAUCAAAGCACCAACAACAAAGGAUUUGGUACAUAAACCCUUGAGAUGAUCUUUCAACGUUAUGAUGUCCUCUAUUAAUAUCUUCAGUUCCUACCAAGUGUGCUCUUGGAACCAUAAUGUCUUUUUACACCCUUCUAUUCAUGUCAUUUUUAGUCUACCGUGGGGCCUUUUAAAUCGCUGGCAAUCCAGGACUCCACAUUCGCAUAAUGAUCCAGGUUGGAUUUACACAGGUUGCGUCCUCACAAUACAAAUGUUUAAUCAACGACUCAGAUGCAAAUAUGGUGAAUAAAGGAAACUGACCUAGUGACCUGAAUAUCAAUUUCACUUCGAUGUUCUCAUUAGUGCUUCAUGUUGCAACUACAAGUGUUUCGUUACUGAUCAAAAAUUGCCCAUGGAAUUCUGAUUCUCUUUUCUAAGUUAAUUUUGGGGACAUUUUGUUAUGUUCCAUUUCAUAAUGUUUAAUGUGAUUUCUUCCGCUAAUCGUUCUGGGUAUUGGUGUAUAGGAGCCGCAAGUUUAUAUGGGAGGAAAUGUCUUAUUUGGAGAGAUGGUGGAGGGAUGCAUCAGCUGCAAAGAAAGAAUCCUUCAUCAAUUUAGUACAGAAUGGAGAACUAGAAAUCGUAGGACGUGGUUGGGUGAUGAAUGAUGAGGUAAGCCUGUGCUGUUAACGUAAUGACACUUUUGCAAUGGUAUGCAAGUAAUAAUUUUUCUCUUCAAGUGUUUCAUAUUUUUUCCAAUUGGGAUCUGGGAAUGGUGAACAGAAAGCCAUGUUUUUAACGGAUCACAGUGGCGAUUUGACAUUUUUCUUAGUAAAAUUUACCAUAAUGAAUGAGUUCUAGGCUUCCAGCUUCUUGAAAAAAUGGGUUUAUUUGUCUGGUAACAGUUGAUUAGCUGGUUUUACAUGUAAAACUGUAAUCAUAUUUGGUUCUUGUGCUGGCGCGCGUUCGGAAAGCUAGACUAAAAUAAUAAUCUUUUGGACACGUUAUGUCAAUUUUACUGGGACCCUUGGAUCUUUAGAACUUUAUUUGCAUUUUGCUCUUCAUAUUUGGUUUUCUCGUCAAGGAAUCAUUUUCCUUGCAAUUGUCUUUCAUUCAUCUGUGAAUUUCUCUUGCUUGUGCACCUGCAGCUUAUUUUAUUCUCUUUUUUUUUUACAGGCUAAUUCACACUACUUUGCAAUCAUAGAACAGAUAACAGAGGGUAAUUUAUGGCUUAAUGAAACUUGCGGUGUUGUUCCAAAAAAUUCGUGGUUGAUUGAUCUUUUCGGAUACUCUCCAACAAUGGCAUACCUUUUUCGUCGUAUGGGUUUCGAGAAUAUGCUCAUACAGAGGACACAUUAUGAAUUGAAGAAGGAACUGGCUUUGUAUAGAAAUUUAGAAUUCGUAUGGCGGCAGAGCUGGGAUGCUGAAGAAACAACUGACAUGUUUGCUCAUAUGAUGCCCUUUUAUUCAUAUGAUAUUCCACAUACUUGUGGGCCUGAGCCUGCAAUAUGCUUUCAAUUUGACUUUGCUAGAACCUAUGGCUUUACGUAUGAGCGCUGCCCUUGGGGAGAAUAUCCACAGGAGACCACACCAGAAAAUGUUAAAGAAAGAGCACUAAAGCUGCUGGAUCAAUACAGAAAGAAAUCAACACUAUAUCGCACAAAUACUCUUCUUAUUCCCCUCGGAGAUGAUUUCUGCUAUGUCACCGUUGAUGAGGCUGAAGCUCAGUUCAGGAAUUAUCAGCUUCUGCUUGAUUAUAUCAAUUCUGAUCCGGACUUGAAUGCAGAAGCAAAAUUUGGUACCUUGAAAGAUUAUUUCCGGACUCUUCGUGAAGAGGCUGAUAGGGUAAAUUACUCCCGUCCAAAUGAGAUUGGUUCUAUUGAGAUUGGUGGGUUUCCUUCUCUUUCAGGCGAUUUCUUCACAUAUGCUGACAGACAGCAAGAUUACUGGAGUGGUUAUUAUGUUUCUCGGCCUUUCUUCAAGGCUGUUGAUCGUGUGUUGGAGCAAACCCUCCGCGGUGCUGAUAUGAUGAUGGCUUUCCUAUUAGGUCAUUGUCAGAAACCACAAUGUGAGCGGUUACUUACCGGAUUUUCCUAUAAGUUAGCAGCGGCUAGGAGGAACCUAGCGCUGUUCCAACGUCAUGAUGGGGUUACUGGUACAGCUAAGGACCACGUAGUUAAUGAUUAUGGGGUGAGAAUGCACAUAGCUUUGCAAGAUCUUCAAAUUUUCAUGGGAUUCGCCAUGAAAAGAAUGAACAGAACCCAUCUCAGUUUGAGGCUGCACAAGUGAGAUCUAAAUACGAUGCUCAGCCAGUGCACAAAGCCAUGUCUGCUCAUGAAGGGACAGUCCAGACUGUGGUGAUAUUUAAUCCACUAGAGCAGACAAGACAUGAAGUUGUGAUGGUAAUUGUUGACAGACCUGAGGUGACAAUCUUGGACUCAAAUUGGACAUGUGUGAGAAGCCAGAUAUCUCCAGAGAUGCAACAACACUACAGCAGCAAGGAGGAUGAAACAUUAUUCUCUGUAGACAUCGUGUAUACUGGAAAGCUUCGGUCCCCCCAUUAGGGUUGCAAACUUAUUAUGUCGCUAAUGGGUUUGCCGGUUGUGAAAAGGCCACACCAGCAGAGGUCAAAUGGUUCGUGCCUUCUUCCAAUAUUUCUUGUCCCAAACCAUAUACUUGCUCAAGAAUGGAGGGUGAAGAAGCAAUAAUCAGUACUCGGCAUCAGACGUUGACAUUUAGCAUGAAGGAUUGUUACAGAGAAUUAGUCAUACCAAUGGCCGCCAUAAUGGCAUUGCUUUGUUUGUAACUAGUAAAAGAAGUUGCUCUCUGGUUCAUGAAUCAUGACUCUUCGAUGACCACACAUUCAUUUAUUUUUUAAUAGACUGAGAUCGUUCAUGACAAUAUGUAUUCUGAUCCCUGGGAGCUCUGCCAAGCCUCACCACUUUAGGGCUACAAAUAACCCAGGUUCUGUUUCACCGGCUCCAUGGAGAUGCUCCGAAGAGUUCUUUUUGCAUCUAAUUAGAAACAGAGAUCCUCUGAAAAUAGAGUGAGUAGAGGGUAAUUUCCUCUUCUGCCCAAAAUACAAUUAGCUGCUACUAGUGGAUGUCACAAGGUUCUGGUCAACUUCUCUAUUCCCUUUUUAAAAGGAAGACCCAGUGUGCAUGUUGUAGAGGUUUCCAAAUAUAUGGUCUUCGCGAUUAGUACGCCAAUUGCUACGUUGGAAUCCUGAGGAUCGACCGAGUGUACAUAAAAGGUUUGAGUUAAUUUGCAUCCUUUGUGUAUACGGCGGCCUAUUUGCUAUGGUUCAACAAAUAAAUGUCGACUGUUCGAUGAUUGUAAUAAAGAGAUGAGGAACUGUUGACUUGCUCAAAGAAGUGAAUACCUGAAAUGAUUGAAC